AUGCCUCCCAAACGCGGCCCUGAGCCGUAUCACCCUGACCCCAAAGAGGAAGGGAGCAUGGACGGUGUCGAGGUGGCAUCCCCAAUACUCUCGACUCAGGCCUUCGACACCUCAGUGGUUGCUCUCCAGGCCGGGAUUGAGCCAGAGUUCGUCCUGGUCUCCCGUUCAAAGGCUACCCACUGGCUUAAAUUCCCCAUCUCUUGCUUCAACAAAGGUACUUCCAUGCCAUUCAUGUCUGAUUGGGCUGUCGGCACCCUUCAGAAGAUAGCCAGCAUCAAGCCCAAGUCCUUCGCCAUAGUAACGCUCUCCAUUGAUGCCAAGCCCAAGGAGUCCACCGAAAACAGCACCGGGAAAUCCACGGCUACCAGCACCAAGGAGCAGUACCUCAUCUUCCAGGUUUAUACAACCCAUGAGGCCGAAGCCGCAUGUGAGCACGGAAGCAAGAACGAGAAUGGCCACGUCACACAUUUUGCAAUGUACACCCCCGAGGCCCAGGCCUUGCACCAGGGACGGAUUCUCCAUAUCAUCUCCCUGUCGUACGACACAACCGAGGAUCAUAUUAGAGCAGCAUUGAGCAAAUACGGUAUAAUCGAACGGGUAAAAGUCGCUCUAAAUGCCAAAGCCACUAUGGCCACGGCUACUGUCAUCUACGAAUCCGACCAGGCCAUUAAGGCCAUCAAGAGCGUUAAUACGACCUACGUACAGGUACGAGACGACAUCGCCACGGUGACCUGGCUGGGCAACGAGCCAGUCCAGUACGACAGCUCCCUUACAAAGAAGCUUGCGCUUCUCCCUACCGGCAUUACUCCGGUCGAGAUCGCCCAGUUAUUCUGCAACCCGGACCCAAGCGACCCCAAUGCUACCCCGAUACCUUUCCACUCGAUUGUCAUGCCCCGGAACAUUUACACCAGCAAGCGCCAGCCUGAGGCGCACAUCCUGUUCUCAUCCCCCCCCCAACAGCAAAUUGCCACCAGUGCCUCUGUCAUUAUCGGUUCUCACAAGACAUGCUGGGUUAACGCCAGUCAACCAACUUGCCGCCACUGUGGAGACCCGACCCACUUUGUUAGCGAAUGUUACAUUAGAUCAACCAAUGUCUCCGCAACCAUCGGACGUCUUUCCAACAUCCAAACCAUCAAGGCACGUACUCAGACUCGAUCCACUGCCCCCCGCCCUUUUACUCAAGUUCAGAACAGUGGCGCCUCGGCGCCUGCCAGGAAACAAUCGACAGCGACUCGUUCGACCCCAGGAAUGAGCUAUGCGUCGGCCGCAGCUGUCCCUAAGAACCGAGGUUCGGCUGUAUCCAACCCAAUCACCAUUGGCACCUCGACCCCUCCGGCGGUGGCCACCUCCUCGUCAAGGGCAGCAUAG